AUGAAUACUCAUCGUGUUAUAGAAACUUUGUGCUCAUUCAUGCAUCGUGAAAGCUCUCAACUCAAUAGACAGAUUUUGAGCGGAGCACUUGUGUGCUCACCCAUUUAUGUAGCGCACUUGCGUACCAUUGUUCUCACCGAUAGUCACGAAAGACCGGUCUCCCACUCCGAUACCGCAAGUAGAUCCUCAUCAGUGGUCAACGAAUCCAUCGCGAGUCCGACCCCUAUUAGCUUCCUAAAAGUUCCGUUCACGUACGGAGAUCUCAUGAGUAUAUUUGAAGAUGCUCAAAACAAGGCUAGUAAGAACUGCCUUACCGCGUACGUAAAGAACGAUGUUGGGGAUGUCACCAAUCUAGUGCGCCACCUCAGCGUAUUUAUUCCAGGAGAUUUUGCUACUUGGUCCGAGGCUUCUCACAAAGCAUUCGACCAUGGCGAGACUUCCCAAAGGUCAUUGGCACAACUUGACAUCAUUGCUUGGUGGCAAAGUCUUUGA